AUGGCCAAAACCAUUGCCAAGCGCGCUUUCAGUUCGCAGAAAAGCCACCCACCUAAGAAGCAGACUAAAUCCUACACGAUAGAACUGCUGCUGGUACUCGACAAGACCGUUCUCGAUUAUCGCCAGGAUUUCGACGUCGAGAAUUACGCGCUGACGCUGCUCAACAUGGCCGCAGGAUUGUUACACGACCAUAGUCUAGGCAUUCCAAUCGAAUUAACCGUUGUUAGAAUCAUAAGAAUGCACGCCCAAGAAAACGAGAUGACCGUAGCGAUAACUAAAGAUCCAAACGGUAGCCUGAAAUACUUCCAGCAGUGGCAAGAAACGAUCAAUCCUGGUGACGAUUCACACCCGAAUCACCACGACUGCGCUAUUCUCAUUACAAAGAGCAACGUCUGUGAUUUGCCGAACUUGUGUGGUUUCACCGGUACCUCGACGAUCGCUGGAACUUGCGACCCUUUGAAAGGCGCUGUCGUUAUAAAUGAUAUCGGCCUACACACAGGAUACCACAUCGCUCAUCACAUCGGACAUACGACAGGUUUGGGAUUUUGUUUGGAAGACGAGCAGCAAAAUCACGAGUUACCCAGCACGGAGCUUCUUCCAGGUGUAGUGUACGACGCGGAUGACCAAUGUCGGAUACAGUACAGUCCUGAUGCACGGCAAUGCAACCUGGGCAUGUGGUGUUACGGAAUGAAAUGUCUGUUGGUCGGCGAACGACCAGGAGUCGUAGACGGUGGUUGGGGUAGCUGGUCAGCUUGGAGUCGAUGCUCCCGAAGCUGCGGUUCCGGUGUGGCUUUCUCAGUCAGACGAUGUAUCAAUCCUUCGCCAUCCAACGGCGGGGCUUACUGUCGCGGUGACAGAAAACGUCAUAAAAUAUGCGCCACUAAGCCGUGCGACGUUGACGCGCCGUCCUUCCGCGACGUCCAGUGCAGCGAGUUCGAUAACUGGAUCUUUCCGGAAGACGGGAAACUUCACCGAUGGACCGCUUACAAGCUACCCGAGGAUCUACAAGCUUCGGAAAAUCCGUGCGGCCUUUACUGUUUAAGCGAAGCGAACGUGGUGGCUUCGCUUCGGCCGAGAGUCAUCGACGGCACCACCUGCUACAGGAGUAUUCGGGACAUCUGCAUCGGAGGUGUCUGCCGAGAGAUUCCCUGCGACCUGAAUAUGGAGUCGAACGCCGUGGAAGAUGCGUGUGGCGUCUGUAGGGGUAAUGGCACUUCGUGUAGCCUGAAGGAGGCUGUGAUAACGAUCGGUCCGGCGUCUCAGCCGAGGAAAGUAGUGGACGUCCCGGUCGGCGCGACCAACGUCCGGCUAGAGGAGAUCGAGCCCUCUAAAUCCAGGAUAGUGGUGAGGACCAGAGACGGAAAACCGUUAAUCGAUGGGGAUCGUUUAGGAAUGUUCGAUGUGGCGGGCACGAGGGCGUGGUUAGGAACGAUAAGAGCGAGUCAAGAGGUUCUCAGCAUACCGGGACCAGUCACGAAGGAUCUGCUUAUAUUGAUUCUGGCGAAAGAAAACGUGACGGUGAGGUAUUCGUUCGGUGUGAAAGAAAAGAGCCCUCGUAAGCCGGAGUUUUCAUGGGAUUUUGUCGACUGGGAGAAGUGCAGCGCGAAUUGCGGUCCCGGUGAACAGAUUUCCAAGCCUCGUUGCUUGGAGAAACUCGCUGGCAUCGUGGAUGAGACGUUCUGUAAGAGCAUCCCGAGACCGGAGGAAAAAGUGAGACCCUGUUAUCGAGCACCCUGCCUACCGAGAUGGAUGAUCGGUGACUGGCAAGGUUGCACAUCCUGCGUCGUUGGUUGCGAGAAGAGACGAGCCGUCAAAUGUGUACGUCCUGUCGGCCACUCCGAGCUGGAUGUAGAUAUUAUCGCUGACAGCUACUGUCAAGGCCCGAAGCCGAAAGAACGAGAGUUGUGCACUAGCCGAGAGAAACGAGACAACGUUCUCGCGAAACACGAGCAAAAGGACAAAAAUGACGAACGUUUCUCUGAACGGAAAUUGAGAACUCGGAUGAAGCAAGAUAUGGAAGUAAAGAAACACGACAACGUGAAGAAAGGCGAGGUCGUGAUCGACACGGAAAAUAUUACAAAUUUAACGCUCACCAUCGUCUUGGAACGCGACGAAGCAAACGACGCUCUCAACUUUCCUAAGAAUUUCGAGCCCCAACCGCCAGGCAAUGGCACGGAAUUUACUUUAGUUGGUAUGGAUGCGGUCAGAUAUAUACAGAAAAUUCAAGAGGACGCCGAUGCUGCUUCGAAACGACGUCCACCAACAAAUAAAUAA